AAAAGAAAAAGAAGGCUCACCUCUUUGCCAGACUCUAUGUUCCUUCUAAUUCCUAACUCUUAAUGCCCAGCAUGCUUCGCCCUCCCCAGGAGGUUGCUCCAGCCUCUUGCCCCAAACUCAUGGCUCAGUGCCACCCAGCUUUCAGAACCCCCACAGGCUCCGAGGUGCCAGCAGUGCAUUGCCAUACUGGCUGCUCCCUCAGCACAGUGCUUUUACCUCAUCCUGCUCCUUUUCUCUCUUAGAUCAGAAAAUAACGUUUGAGAGACGGUGGCCAUGAAGACCUCUCUGCUGCUGGUGUCGUUGCUCCUAGCAGUGGUGCUAGGAGAGAAGGAAGAGGGUCACUCCAGAUUCCACACUAAAGUCAGUGGCUCCCAACCCCGAAGCCGCAGGUAUGCCGAGGGGACUUUCAUCAGUGACUACAGUAUCGCCAUGGACAAGAUCCGCCAACAAGACUUUGUGAACUGGCUGCUGGCACAGAAGGGGAAAAAGAAUGACUGGAAACAUAACAUCACCCAGAGGGAGGCCCAGGCCCUAGAGCUGGCCCAUCAAUCUUACAGGAAGAAGGAGGCCAGAGAGCAGCAGGACUCUCUACCCAAGAAGCCCAGUGAUGAAGAUCUGCUAAAGGACUUACUGAUCGGAAAGCUGCUGGGCUGGAUGGUGGACCAGAUGGAGCUCUGUAGACUCAGGUUUCAGUGACUUGACUACACUCAGCUCAGGAUGGGACUCUGCCCUUCAUUUACUCAGCUCCUGCCUCAGCCCCACUCCUGGGUACCCUGGAGAAGCCAAACCAAUACAUUUUAAGCUGAAAUAAAUCUUUGUGUCCAUUGUCAAAACGUA